CAAAAAAAAAAAAGCCUUAUUUAUUAUCAUUUUCCCCACUGUUGGCAUGGCAACACAGGCGUACAUUACGGAAUUACAGGCAGCCCCGCAACAGCCGCAGCAGCAGCAACAGUCACAGCAACAGCCAGCAGCAACGGCGGCUACGGCGGCCCCUGUGGCGGCGGCUCAGCAACAGUAUGUGGCCGAACUGCAAAGUGCGCAGCAGCAACAGCCUGCUCCGAAACAGUAUGUCUCGGAAAUCCCGCCUCCCCAGGCACAGGCUCCGCCCACGGGACAGCAAACGCCGGCGCCGGCCCCCCAGCAAUAUAUUGUGGUGACCGUCUCUGAAGGCUCCAUGCGGCCCAGCGACACAGUGUCAGAGACCAGCCCGGGCUCCACCGCCACACAGUCAGGGGUGCCGACGCAGGUGGUCCAGCAAGUCCAGGCAACGCAGCAGAGGUUGCUGGUCCAAGCCAGUGUGCAGACCAAGGCAGGGACGGUCUCCCCUCUGCAGCUCACAGGUGUUCAAGUACCCCAGCAGCGACUGGUGGUGCAGAGUACUUCACAAGCUAGUAAAGGAGGAGCGGUCACCCUGGCCGUCCACGGUGUGCAGCAGGUCCACUCUUCACCUGAGCGCUCUCCCGUGCAGAACAGCAGCUCUUCAGCCAAACCAGGACAAGUACAGCAGCUCCAGGUCCACGGAGUCCAGCAAGUGCCUGUUGCUCAAGAGAGAUCCGUAGUGCAGACGACGCCCUCGGUCCCCAAAGCCGGCACGGUGCAACAGCUAGCGGUGCAAGGACUCCAGCAGGUUCAUGUUACUCAAGAGGUCCAGCAGCUCCAGCAAGUCCCGGUGCAGCACGUCUAUCCCAAUCAAGUGCAGUACGUGGAAGGAGGCGAUGCCAGCUAUGCAGCGAGUACCAUACGCUCCAACACUUACCCCUACACAGAGACCCCGCUCUACACUCAGAACACGGGAGCCAGCUACUAUGAGUCUCAGACCACCCCGACACAAGUGUCCACCCCAGCCACCUCCCAGACGGUGGCCAGCAGCGGGUCAGUGCCCAUGUAUGUCUCCAGCGGGCAAAUCAUAGCCAACCCGAGCGGGGGCGGCAAUACCGUAGCCAGCGGAGGAGGCGGCGGCGGCAGCAGCAGCAGCAGUGGAGGAAGCAGUGGCGGCAGCAGUACAGGGACCUACGUGAUCCAAGGGGGUUACAUGCUGGGAAGUUCGAGCCAGUCUUACUCACACACCACCCGUGCCUCCCCAGCAACCGUCCAAUGGCUCCUGGAUAACUACGAGACCGCGGAAGGGGUGAGUCUUCCUCGGAGCACCUUGUACUGCCAUUACCUGCUGCACUGUCAGGAGCAAAAGCUGGAACCGGUCAAUGCCGCCUCCUUCGGCAAGCUGAUCCGCUCAGUGUUCAUGGGACUCCGCACCCGUCGGCUUGGAACCAGAGGAAACUCCAAGUACCACUACUACGGGCUGCGCAUCAAAGCCAACUCCCCGCUGCUCCGGCUCAUGGAGGACCAGCAGCACCUGGCCAUGAGGCAGCAGCCCUUUUCUCAGAAGCAAAGGCUGAAGCCCAUUCAGAAGAUGGAGGGCAUGACCAACGGAGUGGCCGUGGGGCAGCAGCAGGCCACGGGGCUGUCUGACAUCAGUGCCCAGGUGCAGCAGUACCAGCAGUUCCUGGAUCCCUCCCGCAGCCUGCCUGACUUUGCGGAGUUGGAUCUGCAAGGGAAGACCCUCCCUGAGGGCAUCGGGGCGGAGGACGUGAAAGCCUUCCAGCUGCUCUACCGGGAGCAUUGCGAGGCUGUUGUUGACGUGAUGAUCAACCUCCAGUUCACACUGGUAGAGACGCUCUGGAAGACUUUCUGGAGGUACAACAUGAACCAGCCGAGCGAAGCCAGCAAUAUCGUCGUCCACGAUGAAGCGGAGAAGCGUCUCCCCAAGAGCUGCUUGGUGACCCUGUCCAAGUACGAGCCGGUCCUCAAAUGGACGAAGGACUGCGACAACUUGCUGUACCAGGGGCUGGUCGAGGUCCUGAUCCCAGAUGUGCUCCGGCCCAUUCCGAGUGCCUUGACGCAAGCAAUCCGAAAUUUUGCAAAAAGUUUGGAGAGCUGGCUGACUAAUGCCAUGAUGAAUAUUCCAGAAGAGAUGGUCCGCGUGAAGGUGGCGGCAGCAAGUGCCUUUGCCCAGACGCUGAGGCGUUACACCUCCCUGAACCACCUUGCCCAGGCUGCCCGGGCGGUCUUACAGAACACAGCCCAGAUCAAUCAGAUGCUGAGCGAUCUCAACCGGGUAGAUUUUGCCAAUGUCCAGGAGCAGGCCUCGUGGGUGUGCCGGUGCGAGGACCGUGUGGUGCAGCGCCUCGAGCAGGACUUCAAGAUGACCCUGCAGCAGCAGAACUCCCUGGAGCAGUGGGCCGUGUGGCUGGACGGCGUGGUCAGCCAGGUCCUGAAGCCCUACCACGGCAGCCCCAGCUUCCCCAAAGCCGCCAAACUCUUCCUCCUCAAGUGGUCCUUCUACAGCUCCAUGGUCAUUCGGGACCUGACCCUGCGGAGCGCGGCCAGCUUCGGCUCUUUCCAUCUCAUCCGCCUCCUCUACGAUGAGUACAUGUACUACCUGAUAGAGCACCGUGUGGCUCAGGCCAAGGGCGAGACCCCGAUAGCAGUCAUGGGAGAGUUCGCGAACCUGGCGAGUUCUUUGAACCCCCUGGACCCAGACAAAGACGAAGAGGAGGAAGAGGAAGAAGAGAGCGACGAGGAGAUGCCCCAAGAGCUCUCGCUCAGCUCCGCCGAGUCCAGCAGCCUCACCGCGGAGCCUAUGGAGCCCCCUUCAAAGCUGGCGCGGGCAGACUCACGGGGCAUCUUCGUGCAAGCGCUGCCCUCCAGCUAGAGCAGCCAGGGAGGGAUGGACUGAACCCAUGGCCGGCAGGAAGCCGGGAUGCACCUUGCGCCGCCGCUCUGUGAUAAAAGAUGAGCUGUCCCGUCUCCUAGUGGUAUGCGACGCGCUUUCAUUUCU